GGCAUCGGGAGAGGAGGCGACAUCGCCAACGGCAACGGGAACGGGAACGGGAACGGGAGCGAGCGGGGCCCAGCGCGCCCGAAGAUCUUCCUUGAUCCAAUUAUGAAAAAAUGUUUAGGAAAGGAAAAAAGCGACACAGCAGYAGCAGCUCACAAAGCAGUGAAAUCAGCACGAAAAGCAAGUCUGUAGAUUCCAGUCUUGGGGGACUUUCUAGGUCUAGUACUGUGGCCAGUCUAGAUACAGACUCCACAAAAAGUUCAGGACAAAGCAAUAGUAAUUCUGAUACAUGUGCAGAAUUCAGAGUUAAGUAUGUUGGUGCCAUUGAAAAAUUGAAAUACAAUGAGAGCAAAAGUCUCGAAGGGCCACUGGACUUGAUAAAUUACAUAGAUGUUGCACAGCAAGAUGGAAAGUUACCUUUUGUUCCAGGUGAAGAGGAGUUUAUUAUGGGAGUUUCCAAAUACGGCAUUAAAGUCUCCACAUCUGAUCAGUAUGACGUGUUACACAGGCAUGCUCUCUAUUUGAUUGURAGGAUGGUCUGCUAUGAUGAUGGUCUGGGAGCAGGAAAAAGUUUACUGGCUUUGAAGACAACAGAUGCAGCCUCUGAAGAAUGCAGCCUCUGGGUAUAUCAGUGCAAUAGUUUGGAACAAGCACAAGCCAUUUGCAAAGUGCUGUCUACAGCCUUUGAUUCAGUUCUAAUGUCGGAGAAGUCCUGAUUUCCUUCUGCAGCAAUGUUUGUGUGGGAGGCACCAGGGCUCCUCAUGAUGCCACGGAUGGGUUGGAGCCACACACAAUUGUAGGAAAGACUUAUUGUGCAAAGAAGAGCCACACAGCCUUGCACAUGGUACUCUGGCAUUCCCAAGACAUGACUUGACAAUGCCACCUUCAGUGUCCAGGACAAUACAGAAUUUUAUAUUUAACACAWUUUUUUUUCUUAAAUCAUGUUUUGUAUAUUAAUGUCAAUAUUGCAGAAAUGUAAAAUAAAACUGACACCUGCUUCUA